AGCUUGCAUGUGCUCGAAAUGACCUCCGACAAGGCGAAAGUCGAAGAAGUACUCGAUGCAGUGCAAAUCGAAGAUGAAGGUCCCAACGAAGUCCAUGAUUCGGACAGUGAUGUAGACGAUGGAGCACCGGAUACGGUUCAUGACGGUCCAGACACACCCGGUGCAGGUUCAUCUUCGCAGAGCAAGAAAAAGAAGAAAAAGAAAUCGAAAGCAGCGAAAUUACUCAACUCUCUGAGGCCUGGACAGAAAGAGAUACCUCAGUCGGUCGUGGACAAAGUGAUGGAGAGAGUGCGGGAGGAGCAUGGCGCAGACGUUGCUGGAGCUGAUGAGGAGACUGUUCGGAAGGCACUCGAACAUCUGAAGGUAAUGGAUGUUAUACAGGGUAAGGCGGGGGUUGCAGGGAGAGGAAAGAAGGAUAUGGGGACGCAUAAGUUCUGGGGAACUCAACCAGUGCCUCAACCUGGUGAAGGCCCUCCAAUAGAAGAUGGGUGGAUCGAACCACCCGUUCCCCGUGAACAGGUCCGCCAGGAUCCGUUCCCAUUACCCAAUGAAUUUGAAUGGAUCACCACAGACCUUGACGAUCCGAAACAAUCCAAGGAAGUCUACGAUCUGCUGAGUUUGCACUUCGUAGAAGACGAUAACGCUACAUUCCGUUUCCAAUAUCCAGUCGAAUUCCUUGAAUGGGCAUUAAAACCGCCGGGAUACCAUAAAGAAUGGCAUAUUGGCGUUCGCGUGAAAUCCAACAAGAAACUUGUCGGGUUUAUCUCUGCUGUACCGAUAACAAUACGGGUCCGCGGAAAUACAUUCCAUGCCAGCGAGGUCAACUAUCUCUGCGUUCACAAGAAGCUACGAUCCAAACGUCUUGCGCCGGUCUUGAUCAAGGAAGUUACUCGACAAUGUCACCUCAAGGGUAUUUUCCAAGCGAUUUAUACAGGUGGAGUCGUUAUACCGACGCCUGUAUCUACUUGCAGAUACUUCCAUCGCACAAUCAACGUCUCUAAACUGGUUGACGUCGGAUUCACCUUCGUUCCACGGAAUAUGACUCUCGCACGGAUGACCCGUCUGCACAGGCUCCCCUCAACGCCACAUCUUGUGAACGCAGGCCUGCGUGAGAUGCAGGAGAAAGAUAUCGCACAGGUCGCACAGCUGUACAUGCGUUACAUGGAGAGGUUCACGAUGUUUCCUAUUAUGUCGCUUGACGAGCUUCGACACCAGUUUUUGAGUGGGAUUGGAACUGGACCGGCACCGGAGAAUUGGCAGGGGAGGAGGGAGAAGCAGGUCGUUUGGGCUUAUGUGAUUGAAAAUCCUGCGACGCAUAAAAUCACUGACUUCUUCACAUUCUACGCUCUCCCCUCCACAAUCAUGCAAAGCACGAAAUACAACCUCCUCGAAGCCGCAUACCUCUUUUACUACGCUACGGACGUCGUAUUUCAAGACGCCCCCGUUUCGGCUGAGGAAGAUGGACGGUUGAAGAGGAGGUUACUGGAACUUGUGACGGAUGCACUGAUCAUUGCGUCCGCCGCGGGCUUUGACGUGUUCAAUGCGCUUUCGUUGAUGGAUAAUUAUCAAUUUUUGACUGAUUUGAAGUUUGGACAAGGAGAUGGGUUGUUGAACUACUACCUUUACAAUUGGCGAACGGCACCUUUAGCAGGGAUGAAUGAAGCGGGAGGCGUUCCAGCAGGGAAAGGCGUUGGUGUAGUGAUGCUAUAGCGGUUCAUAUCCCCAGGCAAUAAGAAACACGUUUAAACACGAUUAAAAGUAUCUGUCAAUUAAGCUGUAGAUCUCUCAAC